AUGAGUCUAACCGUGGACGACAAUACGAAGCCUACCGUCGACGAGAAAGCCCAUCCAGGGGGGCGAAAUGAAAGCCCGCCCAGUGCCGAGCAGACAGAGAAUGUAAAGGCGGAAGCUCGCAAUAUCUACGAUAUCCAUGAGCGGCCGCCGGACAAGCUGAAUGUCGUUUUCGAGAAUCCGUUGGCAGGGAUUCCACGUGAACAGCUCCUGGAGGAUGUCGAGAGUUUCUGCAAACGGUACAACCUAGAGGAUCAUCUGGAUGAUUUUAAGAAGGGCGCCCUUGUCUCCCAGAAUCCCGCGGCCGCCCAGGAUCUUACCGAGUUGACAGAUGAGGAGAAGAGAAUCCUCCUCAGGGAGCAUACUCAUAAAUGGGACCAGCCAUUCGCGCUCUACUGGCUUGUCGUAAUGUGCUCGUUGGCUGCUGCUGUGCAAGGUAUGGACGAAACGGUGAACAACGGAGCUCAGGCGAUUUACCUCAAGCAACUGGGCAUCACAACUCGAUUCACGGGGCAGGAGCAGGACAACAUCACGGGACUGGUCGUGGGCGCGCCGUACCUUGCGUGUGCGAUCCUCGGCUGCUGGCUCACGGAGCCGUUGAACCGGCUGUUUGCCCGUCGUGGAACUAUCUUCAUCUCCUGUUUCGUGGCCGCCGUGGCCUCGGUCUGGGAGGGCGUCGCCAACUCCUGGGUUAAUCUCUUUAUUGCUCGAUUCGUCCUCGGUCUGGGAAUUGGCUCCAAAUCAUCUACCGUGCCCGUGUAUGCUGCCGAAUGCGCACCUGCUCCAAUUCGAGGGGCCCUUGUGAUGAUGUGGCAGAUGUGGACCGCGUUCGGAAUCAUGCUGGGUAACAUCAUGGGGGUAGCGUUCAUGGGCCUCUCGGACGAUCUUUCGUGGCGUCUCAUGCUCGGUUCGACUGUGGUCCUUCCUGUUAUUGUUUGCGCUCAGGUGUACUUCUGCCCCGAGUCGCCUCGUUGGCUGAUCCAACACAACAAGGUCGACAAGGCCUUCAGGGCGUUCCGGACCCUCCGACGGUCCGAUCUGCAAGCUGCCCGAGAUCUCUACUACGCAUACGUGAAUGUCCAGCUCGAGCGGGAGAUCAACAAGGGGAAGAACUUCUUCACAAUGUUCAUGGAGCUCUUUACCAUCCCCCGCAACGCCCGUGCGACCCUUGCGAGCUGGAUUGUCAUGUUCAUGCAGCAAUUCUGCGGAGUGAACGUCAUUGCUUACUAUUCGACCACGAUCUUCACUAGCUCCGGUUACUCUACUCAAGCCGCCCUUCUGGCGUCUAUGGGCACUGGAAUUCUGAACUGGCUCUUUGCUCUUCCAGCAGUGUUUACCAUCGACACAUUCGGGAGGCGCAACCUCCUGCUUACCACCUUCCCUUUUCUGGCGAUUACCUUGUUCUGGACGGGCUUCUCUUUCUGGAUCGAGCCGUGGAACGAGACGAGCAGGAAGCGAGUUGCAAUGGUCACGACGGGCAUGUACCUCUUCGAAGUGUUCUACUCCCCCGGUGAGGGACCCGUGCCGUUCACCUAUUCAGCCGAAGCCUUCCCACUGCAUGUGCGUGAAGUCGGCAUGUCCUGGGCUACAGCCACUACAUGGUGCUUCAACUUUAUCCUAUCUUUUACAUGGCCUUCCCUGCAGAGGGCCUUCAAGCCGCAAGGAGCGUUUGGGUGGUAUGCCGGUUGGUGUAUCGUCGGCUGGUUCCUUGUUCUUCUAUUCGUGCCAGAGACCAAAGCUCUCACUCUGGAAGAAUUGGACCAGGUCUUCUCCGUUUCAACCUGGAAACAUGCCUCGUACCAGAUCAAGAAUGCCGUGUGGCAUUUCCGCGUCUGGGUCCUUCGACAGAAGCUCGAGCCGCUGCCGAAAUUCUACGAAGGCGCGGAGAAGCUUAUGGAAUCUUAG